AUGGCUCCCACCACGAGCAAAACCAGCGACUCUCACGUGAAGGGCAAUUUGAGCCAGGCCAACACUCGCGCCAGCGGUAGUGCCCGUGGAAAUACCCAGGGAUCCGUAAAAGGAGGGUCUUCCUCCGGAUCCAAUAUUCGUCCAUCCAAGAACGAUGACGACUAUCUCCCUCCACUUAAAGCACCGAAGGAAAUGCACGAGUCGCUUGUCCGUGCCGCAGAAUCACUUCCAAAGGACUAUGUCAAUGUCGAUUUUGAGGUUCCUGGCGUAGGCCAGUUCUCGGCCCCCUUCAUCCCAUAUUAUUGUUUCAUGCGAGACCGUGAGCCGCGCAAGGAGAUUAUCCCAAUGGAACGCGUGGGAUACAACAAAUCUGGCAAAGAGAUCGAGGUGGUCAUGAAUACCUUUCCCGUUCUCAGUAUCCCAACCAAGCCUGUGUACCAAUAUGAGGUCAAUGUUAUUUCUGGUCCAGGUGUUGAGGAGGACCGUCGAGUCCUCCGUCGCAGUUUCAAUUGCGAGGAACGCAAGAAACUGCUCCCUGAUGCCAUUUAUGAUGGAGCUAAAUCUGCUUGGUCUUUGAAGUACAUCGAAAAAGGCGUCCAUGAAAAAUUCCAAUACCAGCAUGGUAGAACCCGUGCAUCUGGUAGCCAAGGCAAUGUUUACAAAGAGGUCUUGGUCUUUUCCAUGCUGCCGCGCCGCAAGAUCUACCUGGGCGUUAUUCAUCAGUGGCUUCAAAAGCAACGCCCGAUGGACGAAUAUAUCAUUGAGGCAUUGAACUUUCUUGAUCACUUGCUUCGCGAUUGGCCGACCAGAGAAUUUGUCGCACACAAGCGGGCUUUCUUCUUUCAAGGUCUUUUUGAGAAAGAAAAGACCAGAGACUUGCAUUAUGAGUUCCAUUACUCCCUUGGGCCCUACUCGGGUGCCACCUGCUAUCGUGGAAUCUUUCAAAUGCUACGUCCUUGUGUCUCCGGCUUGUUGCUGAACUUAGAUGCCGCCCAUGCUGUUUUUUACUCGCGCAUUAGCCUUCUCGGUACCAUGAAAGGCGUUCUCGGAGUUGGUAACGAUAUGGAACUUUCUGCUAAGCUUCGUCCCAUAAUCAGACCUGAUGGUUCCAAGGGACCAUCUAAGGAAUUUGAAAGGGUGAAGGCCAUGGUGAAAAGUGUAAUAGUCUACCCAGACUACGAACAAUGCCCUUUCAAAGACAAGAGUUUCAAGAUUCAAGAUCUCAUCCUUGGGGGUGCUAGAGAGUUCAUGAUCACCAUCAAUGAUCCAGCCGCGGGAGAAGAAAAGAGGAUGAGCGUUGAAGAGUAUUUCAAAUGGAAAUACAAUAUUACUCUCACACUUCCCAACCUGGCACUGGUCAGAAUGACUGUCAAGAACGUUAUCUACCCUGCCGAGUUUCUUUGCAUCAAGAAACUUCAGCGAUGGCCUCACAAGCUCACGGAUGAGCAAACGGCGGACAUGAUCAAAUACACGGCAAAGAAGCCUGCUGAGCGCUUGAGCCAUAUCAUCAAAUGUAAAAAUCUCCUGCAGCAUGAUGCCGAUCCAAACCUGAUGCAUUAUGGCCUGAAGAUCUCACAUCAAAUGAUGAAGGUGAAAGCUCGACUCCUGCCUAACCCAGAGCUCGAGUUUGGUAACGCCACCAAGCAUAACCCCGGCACUACCGCUCGCUGGGACCUUCGUGGAAGAAAAUUCUACAAACCCAAUACGGUGCCUCUUAUUUCAUGGGGGGUUGGCUACUACACUGGUCGCCGCAAUGACAUCAGUUUUGAUCAAGUUCAGAACUGGCUAGAUCAAUUUAUGAAGAUUUACAAGCAACACGGCGGUAGCAUCAACAACCGUGCCAUCACCGUUCAGAUGAAGGAAAAUGUUGCUGAAGGGAUGAAGGAGCUCUACGAACAGACAGGAAAUGCAUGGCGCAAGGAGCCUCAGCUUUUAAUCAUCAUAGUCCAAAACAAAGACGCUUUUACGUAUCUUCGUAUCAAAAAAAACGCCGAUUGCCGAUUUGGGGUUCCUUCUCAAGUGUUGCAAGGUCUCCGUUGCCAGGAUAACCGCCCACAGUACCAUUCAAAUGUUCUUAUGAAGGUCAAUGCUAAGCUUGGUGGUAUAACUAACCGCGCCAUCCCAAGAACCCCUAAAACAAAUCUCCGCCCACACUCCGUCAUCAUCGGUGCUGACGUGACCCAUCCUUCGCUAGGAGUUUGGACACCAUCUCUGGCAGCAUUGUGCAUUUCAAAUGAUACAAAUGGGAUCAGUUACAUGGGCGGAGCUCAGUGCAAUGGCGACAGGAUUGAAAUCAUUCGCGAGUCAAACUUUCGAGAGAUCCUGAAGCCCCUUCUCCGAGAAUGGAUUAACACCGUCGGUAAAAAGAAAUUCCCUCCAAAAAACAUAUACUAUUUCCGGGAUGGUGUUUCUGAGUCAGAGUUCAAGGGUGUGCUCAAUCGGGAGGUCCCUGCCAUUCGCCGUGUUGCAGCUGAAGCAUGUGGCUUGGUAGAAUAUCCGGGCAAGAUAUGUGUGGUGAUUGCCAAUAAGCGCCAUCACCUUCGAGCAUUCCCCAAGCCCAGCGAUCUAAAAACUGGUGAUAAGAACGGAAAUCCCUUGCCUGGAACACUCGUCGAUCGCGAUGUGACUAGCCCACACGGCAGCGACUUCUUGCUCUAUGCUCACGCUGCGCUGCAAGGAACUGCACGUCCUGUUCAUUACAAGGUUAUUUUGGAUGAGAUUGGACAUGAGCCUAUGGAGAUACAGAACAUGAUCUAUGAACAGAGUUAUCAAUAUGUCCGGUCGACGACCCCUGUGUCCAUUCACCCGGCAAUCUACUACUCACACUUGAUCACCGCUCGCGCUCGUCACCAUGAAGAUGUGACUGUUGAUUCUGGUCCCCAGAGUGGUGCUACGAUCCCACACGAGAGAUCCAUGCACAAGCCCAGGAAUACUGAUGACAACUAUGUUAGAGAUCGGUUAAUGGAUAUCAAGGGCACUGUUAACAAGCUUCCCUUGACUAUGUGGUGGAUGUAA